CCCGUGCCCCGUGGUGUCCUGAGAGCCCCGAGCCCCUCGCGGGUGGGCAGGGAGGCCCACUCCUCUCCCUGCUGCUAGUUUCCAGAAGGAUGAGAGAGCCAGAGGCUCGCUGCGCGCUCAGGAAGAUGGCUGCCUUUUACCAAUGCGUCAGGCCUGACCCCAGUGAGCUGGACAUGAUUUCCACAAGGGUGAUGGACAUCAAGCUUCGGGAGACUGCUGAAGGCCUUGGAGAGGAUGGCGCAGGAAAGAAGAAAUCCAAAUUCAAAACGUUUAAGAAGUUGUUUGGGAAGAAGAAGAGAAAGGAGUCGCCCUCGUCCACGGGAAGCAGCGUCUGGAAGCAGAGUCAGGCCAAGAGCGAGGUCAUUGCAGUCGAGUCGGGGCCGGUGGGCUAUGACUCUGAAGAUGAGCUGGAGGAGUCCAGGAGCACCUUGGGCAAUCGUGCCCUCUCACACGACAGUAUUUUCUUUCCUGAAUCGGGACAGGACCCUGCUCGGCCUGUGCGGGUGUUUUCCCAAGAAAAUGUGUGUGACCGGAUCAAGGCCCUGCAGUUGAAGAUACAAUGCAAUGUGAAAAUGGGCCCGCCGCCUCCGGGAGGCAUUCCUACCAGGAGGGCGGAGGAAACCGGUAUGAGCUCUGAGGAUGACGGCCUUCCCCGGAGCCCCCCAGAGAUGUCCCUGCUGCAUGACGCGGGGCCAGCCAUGACUAUAAAGAUCUUGGUGUCCUCGUCGCGGCCACAGUCUCCUGACCACGUGAGCGAUGUCACUGUCUCCUCUGGGACUUUGGAUGGCAGCCUGGCACCUGUGGCUGACUUCAACCGCCCUCCGGAAUUCUCCUCCUGCCUGGACAAUUCUGCAGCGAAACACAAGCUCCUGGUUAAGCCCCGCAACCAGCGGUCCAGUAAAAUGAGGCGCCUGUCUUCGAGGGCACAGUCUGAGUCCCUGAGUGAUCUGUCUUGGACCCUGGAGGAGGACGAAUACGAAGGGAAACGGUUAUUCCAGUUCAGCAUAGACGAGAACCCCUGUGCUGAGCAGCGGGAUUUGAUGCUGGGCAGAAGGCCUGAGCUUGGGGGACCUGCAGCCUUGCUGCUACCCGGAGGGGCCUGUGCCAGGCGUGCACGCCUACAGCACAGCGCGGCCGUCAGUGCCAGCAUGGAAGAGGAAGGCUGUCCUGGAGAUGAACCCUCAAGCCACCCGGCAAUGCCAGAGGUCGCUGAGCCAAUGGCAGCCUCAGAGAUGGACACCCCAACUUUGCCAGAAGGUUCUCCGCCCCGUAUUCCCCAUGGUGAAAUCCAGAAGGAAGAGCUGUCCUCUGGAGGCCCGUGUCCCCUAGUGGAGGGGACACCUGAGGAGGUUGUGUGUGGUUCUGGGGAUGUGGGAACUGCACUAUCCGAAGUUCCUGAGGGAGGCAUGGCACCUUCCAAGGAGGGCUCCAUGCUUCAUGAGGGAGACCCACUUCAUGACAGGGAGACUGUACCUUCCAAAGACGGCAUAACGCCUCCAGAAGGAGAUACACUUCUCAAGGAGGCCAUGGCACCUCCCGAGAGAGACCUGGCACCUCCCAAGGGAGGCAUUGAGCCUCCCAAGAGUACCGUGGCACCUCCAGAGAGAGACCUGGCACCUUCCAAGGGACCUCCCAAGGGUAUCACCACACCUCCAGAGAGAGACAUAGCACCUCCAGAGGUAGACAUGGAAUCUCCAGAGAGAGACCUGGCACCUUCCAAGGGAGACAUUGCGCCUCCCAAGAGUACCACGGCACCUCCAGAGAGAGACAUAGCACCUCCAGAGGUAGACAUGGAACCUCCAGAGAGAGACCUGGCACCUUCCAAGGGACCUCCCAAGGGUAUCACCACACCUCCAGAGAGAGACAUGGCACCUCCAGAGGUAGACAUGGAACCUCCAGAGAAAGGCAUGUCACCUUCCAAGGGAGACAAAGCGCCCACUAAAGGGAUCAUGGAACCUCCCAAUAGGGACACAAUAUUUCCAAAGGGAGAGGCUGUCACUGACAGCAACUUGGGGACACCUUCAGAUACAGAGAGACAGGACCAAAGUGUCCAGAAGGAGGAGGAGCUAACCCUGGUGGUACCCAGGCCUGAGGGAGCAGGGACAGAGUCCUCUACAGCUCCUUCCCCGAGCCCUCCAAUACCCAAGAGCUGCCUGAAGCACAAGACCUUGGCCUCGGGUGGGUCCCCAGGCGAGCCUCCUCUGAAAGAGCCCAGCCCCGGAGUCCAGGUCAGAACCGUUGUGCCCCCCGCCCGUGCCAGGCCUGAACAGGCUGUGACAUCAGGGGCUGCUGAGAAGCCAGCCCUGGGGAGGAAGGGCGAGCGGAGUACUGAGCCUCAGCGCGGCGUUAAGAGGUUCUCCGUGACCUCGAGCAGAGCGCGUGCCCGCGCCAGCAGCUCUCGCCUUCUGGAACAAGCCGGGCCUGUGCCUGCAGGGGGACGAGCACCCUUGCUACGCAGUGGCCUUGCCUGGAAGAGUGAGGCAGCCCUUGAUGACCUCCAGGUGCUGCCAGCGCCCCAAGGCAGGAAGGCGGUGGGUGGCGACCCUCAAGACUCAGGGGACACGGGGGCUGGCCAGGCAGGACCGGGCAGGAGCCCCCAGGAUGCUGAUCCCUGUCCCCCUGCGGGGGACCAGAGCCCCUUCCCGGUCAAGCUGCGGUCCACCUCGCUGUCGCUCAAAUACAGAGACGGCCCUGCCCAGGAGGCCAAAGCCAUGAAGAGGUACAGCGCAGAGGUCAGGUUGGAGCGAGGAGGCCUGGCUGUACUCCCCAAGGAUGAACAGAGCCAUGCCGGGGCUGCCCCCGCACUGCGAAGUUCCAGGUCCCCCAAUGGGCAAGGGAAAGGGAAGUCCAGGUCUCCCGAGCAGCCUAGUACCAAGCCACCGCUGCCCAGGAAGCCUCUGCUGCAGAGCCUCACCCUGCCCUACCCACCCGCAGGCCUGGAGGCCAGCCCCGGGGAGUCUGAGAGACUUAUACCGGUCAUCCUGCCUCCCGAGCCCAGGAAGGAGAAGUCGCCCCACCAGGGAGCUGAAAAGGGUCAGCCUCCCGCAGCUACAGGUCCUGGGACUGAUGGGCAGCCCACCCCACCCUGGAUCACCAUGAACCGGCAGAAGCGAAGAGCCCCAGACCUACCUGUCAGCCAGGAAGACAAGCCUGGGCCUCGGAUCCUGAAGGCAGAAGCCAGAAAGCCAACCCAGGUGCUGAGAGGAAACCCUGACUCUGCAAAGCAGGGUGACUUCGUCCGGAGCAAAUCUUUCCUGAUGACCCCUGCGAAGCCCGCUGUGACCCAGAGGCAGGGGUCAAAGCUGAGCCCCAAGGAGGGUCUACAGAGAGGGAUCUCACUGUCCCAUCAGAACUUGGCAGCUCAGGCUGCAGCCAUGACAGAGAAGGAGUUGCAUCAGCUGAAGAGAGCCAGCUAUGCAAGUACAGAUCAGCCAUCCUGGAUGGAACUCGCCAGAAAGAAAUCCCAAGCUUGGAGCGACAUGCCCCAAAUCAUAAAAUAGAUUGGCAGCUUGCCGAUGUCCACUGCAUUGAUGGGCUGCUUAGUUUUAAACUGCCAAUAAAUCAUGGCAAACAGACUGUGAAACUUAAGAUUGAUUUUUGUCAACGAAUUAUGAUGUGCUCGGGGAAGAGAGGAACCAGGAGACCAGACAGCCUCAGUCCUGGGCCAGAGGGCAGCAAGAGGAACCCUGUAAAAGCUCCUCCCUGUGCUGAGGUAUCCAUGUGACCCUUCAGAGUCCCCAGUCCAGCAAAUAGAAAUGAAGAGUGCACUUUAAGGACAGAACCAGAACUCCUUUUGAGUCCCAGGUCCUGCUUUGUCACUUGUCAUCAGCCAGUGCCUCUGGCCACUGUCUUGCUGUGGACCAUCGUCAUCUUUUGUGUUUACUAAUAGGCAUGACGUUCAUGGUAAAGCAGGGAUGCCAUUUACAAGAGCAGCUACAUAACAAUCCAGUUUCCUGAAGAUGUCCACCCUCGAGAAGGGGAGGACCGGAUGUGGCAGGGUUUGUCAAUUCAUAGACUGUUUCCAAAAAUAAUUUUUAAACUUUUCCACUAGGCAUCUGUGUCCUGAACCAUUGCACAAUGCAUCGCCUGUUUAAUAAAAGGUUUCAAACAUG